GAUAGACAAUAUUCUUCCUUGAAUUGGUGGUAUUAAUAGAGUUUUCUUGCUGGAAAUGUGCCUAAAUUGAUGGGAUGCUUUUGAAUAAAUAUUUCAGUGGUACAGGAUGCACUGGAAAGUUGUUAAAGAGACAACAUGGAAGAGGAUGACGAUAAAGAUGAUACAAAAAGAAAAACGCGAAAUUUGAGUGAAAAAAGACGUAGAGAUCAAUUUAGUACCUUAGUCAAUGAACUUGGAUCCAUGGUGUCAACAAAUAAUAGAAAGAUGGAUAAGUCUACAGUUCUUAGAGCAACAAUUGCAUUUUUAAGAAGUCACAACGAAUCUGUGGUUCGAAAUAAGGCACAUGAAAUAUCCGGAGACUUUAAACCAAAUUUUAUAACAAAUGAUGAAUACUUACACAUAUUAUUAGACGCUUUAGAUGGAUUUUUAAUUACUUUCUCAAGCAAUGGCAAUAUUUUAUAUUCAUCUUAUAGUAUUUGCUCUCUACUAGGAUACCUCCAGACUGAUCUAGCUAAUGCUUCCAUAUACGAUUUUGUUGUUGAAGAAGAUCAUAAAAUAGUUUUCGAAGUGUUAAGAACGCCUUUUAUGGAUUCUUGUGUCAAAUAUAAUGAGUUUCAGCCUGGUGAUAAUGAAGUUUCGUUUGAAUGUCGAAUAAAACGUGGAGAUGCCUUUAGAAAGACGAAUACUUAUGAGAAAAUCCAGUUUUAUGGACAUUAUAGAAUAGAUAAGCGAGUUAGCCAUGGAAACAUAUCAUCAUCGACAGAUCCUCUCAAUUCUUGUACUUCACAAGAUGAAUCAGGUUGGAUUUUCUUCUGCAAAGGACUUCUUCAAAACUCUUUAUUGUUACGAGAGCUAGCAAUUGCUGAUUUGGCAGGAUCAGAAUUUACAUCACGUCAUAGUUUAGAAUGGAAAUUCAUAUAUUUAGAUCAAAGAGCACCUCCCAUAAUCGGUUAUUUACCAUUCGAAUUAUUAGGAACUUCUGGAUACGAAUAUUAUCAUAUAGAUGAUUUAGAAAAUAUUUCAGCUUGUCACGAAAAAUUAAUGCAAAAAGGUGAAGGCACUUCUUGCUUAUAUAGAUUUUUAACAAAAGGGCAACAAUGGAUUUGGUUGCAAACAAGAUCUUAUAUUACUUACCAUCAAUGGAAUUCCAAACCUGAAUUUGUUGUUUGCACGAAUAGAGUAGUUGGUUAUCCUGAAGUGAUUAAACAAUUGAAAACGGAACAAGAUACACGCAAAAUUAUACCAGAAAUAAAACCACUUAAUAAUUUGUUACAAACUGAAGCGUCGCAGUCCGGAUUAUCAAAUUGCUCUAUCUCAAAUAGUUUAUGGCCUGUUAAAUCUCCUGUUGAUAUUGUAAGUCAAAGUUCACCUGCUUGCGCAGUCCAAUGUAGACCCAAUCAGCCAUCAACUUCCCUGCAGAGAGGUCCUGAAUCAGAAGCCGCAUCAAUUUCUGUAGAAUCUCCUGGUUCUUUACGAAGUAUCAGGACAAACCAUAGCAAUAGACCGCCUUCAAACAUGACCGCAAAAUGUUAUCCUGCACCAUCCAUGCUGCCUGUAGAAAAUUCUCCUCUUAAUCCAAUAUUAAAUCAUGUAAAUCAAAGCCCAUCACUUUUCGUAGAACCGCAAUAUAUUGCUUCUGCGCCAACGCCUAAUGAUUUUAGCAAUCAAGCUUUGGAAGGGCAACUGCCGAUUACUGAUGUGUCGACGCAAAUUAACGCUCAGUUUCAGCUUCAACGAAAGCAAGAAGAAUUGCAGCAGACCAUUCAGCAGCAGCAGGAGGAGCUGAGGAGAGUUUCAGAACAAUUAGCAGCUGUUAAUUAUGGGUUUAUAACGCCUCAAACUGAGUAUAAUUCUAGUAUGCAAAUACCAUACACGAUGGCUGGAACUGUAAGCAGUACCACGAAUUGUUUUCCAUCCACUGACCAAUAUUUACAACAAAUUCUUCCUCAAGAUGGUUUGUCUUUGGAUCAGGAGCAAUAUCAACCCAUUCCUUAUGAUGAACAAUAUACAGGUGAUAUUGGUGAAAUGGGUUAUUUUGUUUACCAAGAUCAAGCAUCAAUGGGAGAUAUGUGUUCGUAUCAGAUGUCUACUCAAUUAUUGUUUGAUGAAAGUUUAACAGGUGGGCAAGGACACCAAUAA